UUUAAAUUGAAUAAAUUAAAGUGUUAUUAUCGAAAUGUUUACAAAUUUAUUGUCUCUAAAGAUAAUCCAGAAAUUCAAUAUUCAGAUUCAGUAAAUGGUAAUUUGAGACUCAAUUCCAAAGGAACAAACUUAUUCAAUAGUCUGGAUUCAACAAAUAAAUUAAAUUUCAUUAAGAAUUUAACAAUUGGAUUAGCUAAUACAAUACCAAUCGAUCCAAUUCAUUUGAAUUUCAUUAAGGAUCAAAUGGAUUACACAGUUUUACCAUCUACUUUAUUGUUAUCAUAUAAAAUCUUAAAAUCUAAUAACAAUGAAGAAGGUUUGCAGAAAAUUAAUGCUGCCCAAAUCUUAAAUAAUUUAAACAUAUUGAUUAAAAAUAAAUUCAUCACUGGAAUAUCAAAAAACAAUCAUACAAGUUUCAUUGAUGAGAAUCAUGGAUUUAUAUUUUCAAGAAAUUUAUAUGAUCUUUUGGAAGAGUUUAAAAUUGUCAAUAAUGGUAAAAAUAUCCCACAAUUAUUUAUACCAAGUAUAAUUAUCUUGAUAAUAUCGGUUACAUUUAAUUCUAUAUCAAGCAUUUUUAUAGUCAUUAAAGAGAUCAGUAACAAUCAAGAAUUCUAUGAAUGGUUUAAAAAAUAUGUAAACGUUCUGGCAAUCUUUACAGUAAUUUCAAGUACAGAAGUUGAUACAUUGUUGAUAUUAUCAUCAAAAAUGGCUGGAUUGAAACCAUUUUCUGCACCAUUUUCAUCAAAUUCUUUAUCAUUAAUAUUUUGGUGCAGUUUAACAAAUUUUUUUAUUGAAGAUAUACCACAAUUUAUUAUUCAG